AUUCACAGCAGAUACUUUUUGUUGCACAGCUGUCAAACAUGAACACCAGACACAGCUGUGAUGACGAUGUGGAGUCUGAUCUACCGGCUACCAACACAGGUCCAAAAGGGGUGAUCAAUGACUGGAGAAAGUUUAAGCUGGAGAGUGAGGAUUUUGAAACUGCUCCUCCCAGUAAAAGAGAGCUCCUCAGGCAAAUCUCAUCUCCUCACCGCACCGUCAACAAAGAUGACAAAGAUACGCGGGAGAAGUUUACCAGGAAGAUGAGUGUGCAAGAGUACGAACUGAUUCAAGACAAAGAGGAUGAGACCUGCCUGCGUAAGUACCGUAGGCAAUGCAUGCAGGAGAUGCACCAGAGCCUGAGCUUCGGGCCACAGUUCGGGAUGGUUUAUGACCUGGAGAGUGGAGAGCAGUUCCUGGAGGUGAUUGAGAAGGAGAUGAAGCAGACCACGGUGGUGGUCCACAUCUACGAGGACAGCGUGGAUGGCUGCGACUCCCUGAACAAUAGCUUGACGUGCCUGGCUCUGGAGUACCCGCUGGUCAAGUUCUGUAAAAUCAAGGCCAGCGCCACUGGUGCUAGGGAGCGCUUUUCUGACAGUAUCCUUCCCACCUUACUGGUGUACAAGGCGGGUGAGCUGAUCGGAAACUUCAUUCACAUCACGGAGAAGCUGAGCCAGGAGUUCUUCGCCGUGGACGUCGAAUCCUUCCUAAACGAGUACGGCCUUUUGCCGGAAAAGGAGUUCUCUGCGUACAAGAGCGGCAGCGAGGGGAGCGAUGUGGACAUUGAGUGA